AUGUAUCCAAGAAGAUUCAUGCCAUAUGCCAACUCAAAUGCUUUCAACAAUGUGAGUUUUUUUUUUGAAAUGAAAAUUAGAAAAUUUAUAAAAUGAAAAUUUUUCAGGAUAGCACCGAAACAUCAAGCAGAACUCGCCCGUACAACAGAAACAACAAACAACGAAAAAAUGCCAAAAAUCAUCAAAACCGUGCUUGGAAUGUAAGUUUUUUCUUUGAUUUCAACUACGAUUUAAAAAAAAUCAAUAAUUUUUCAGAAUCAAGGCUCGUCGGGUCAAAGAUCUUUCGGAACCCAAACUCUCGAAUCGAUUGAAUCGACAAUGAAGAUCAGAAAGAUCGAGGGUCCAGAACAUGUGGCUCAUGUUAAAUCGGGAAAAACUGAUGCGCCAUCUCUUACCCUUCGCAACAUCAAUCCUAAUGAAGGAAGAAUAUUCGAUGUUGGACAACCUUUUGAAGCAUCUGAAUCUGCCGGAAAAAUCAAGAAGCAACAUGGAAAAAGUGUAUUGAAGUCAGGUAAGAGAUGUUUUCUCAAGCUUCUCACAAAUUCAGAAACAUAUCCUGAACUUUGUAGAUUUUUCUAGAAAGUUCAGAAAAAAUCCUAGAUUUCCUAGAAGUUUUUGAAAAUAAAAAUUAUAUUUUUCCAGGUUGCUCGUCAAACAAAGUUUCAAUUUGGAAAGACAAUUUGUCGGUUGCAUCGGUGAAGUUAGAACAACUCAACCUGAAAGAUUCUGGAAUUGCAAAUGUUAUGCCAAAUCAUCCCGGUUAUGUUGCUGGCAUCGAUUCUGGAAGAUCAGCUACAUCUUCAGAUGUUGUUCCACAAGAUGUUCUGAAAAACUCUUUGAAUCGUGUUGAAUAUUGGAAACAAGGAGAAGCUCAACAGAAUGCAGGUGAGAUAGGUUUUCUAGAAGAAUUUAGAAAUCCCCCAGGAUUCUUUGAUUUUUUUUUGAAGAUUCUAUAAAAUUCAGAAGAUUUUCUAGAUGUUUCCCGGAAUGUUUAAAAAAAAAUAAAAAGUGUAUUUAUCAUUCCAGAACUUGAUCGCUCGUCGGACAAAUUCUCUAAUUGGAGAGAAUCCUCAUUUGACAAUCAUCUGGAGAAAAAGGUCCGAUUCAACAUUCCAGAACAACAACAUCCACAGGUUCUUGGAGCAGAACCUGGAUUCAUCACUAAAUCGAUUAAAUUGGAGAUGAUGUCGUCGGAAAAUGUUGGAUACAAUUUUUCGAAUUUUGCUGAACAACAAAAAUCGUCGAAUUUUGAAGCGGCUGUUCCUGAAUUUGCUGAAAAAUCGAUCAAAGUUGAAGUUGAUGAUGUUGGAUUUGCAAAUUCUCCUGGAAUUUAUGGAAUGAACCAGCAGGUAACUAUUUUAAAUCAUUUUCAAUUCAGAAACUAUAAUUUCUUUUCAAAAAAAGUUCAGAUUUUUUUAAUUUAAAAAAAGUGUGAUAAUUGAUUUUCCUGAAAUUAAAAAAAAAUUUUCAGCUCUCACAAUUUGCUCAUCCAAAAAAUGUUGGUGGUGUUGCUGAAACUUCCAAACAAUGGGAACAACUUCGUGAAGAGCAGCCAACAACUUCAGGAACCAUGGAUGCAAAUGGGAAUGAAUCGGCAGUCACUGGCAACUUCUGGCAAUUCUGA